UGUCGGUAGAGGGGCGGGAGCGUUGGCAUGACUUCCCCCCUGUCUGUCGUCACGUCAGGGUUGAUAUUCCACAGACGGUGAUCGCGUGUCCCCCAACCCACACGCUCGACCACCGCGGCUAUUACAACAUUCCUGGAUUAAUCCACGUCCUAUCGGGUGCUGGAAGGGCACAUCAUUAAUCGGAGAUGGUAACAGAUGACAUGGAGAUGAACGGCGACGCGGACCCGAACGGCGAGACAGAGAUUCCGCUCCGUGACCACCCGAGGAGGCCGAGGAGACCCAUGAACAUGAACCAUUAUGCCAACAAGAAGAGCGUGGCGCAGAGCAUGCUGGAUGUGGCCCUGCUGAUGGCCAACGCCUCGCAGCUGAAGGCCGUGCUGGAGCAAGGCCCGUCCUUCUCCUUUUACACACCGCUCAUCAUUCUCAUCAGCGUCUCCCUCGCCCUGCAAAUCUUAGUGGGGAUAAUGCUCAUUUUCAUCGUUAAGUGGAACCUGAACGACGAACGCAUGCACUACAGGUUGAACAUCAUGGAGAACAUGGCCACAGCCUUUGUGUUUGUCAUCGUCGUGGUUAACGUUUUCAUCACAGCCUUCGGCGUCCAGCGGCCCAACGAUGACCACAAGCUGUGACCACCUUCAUCUGAAUGCCCUGUGGAUUUACUCGAAAUGCAUUUACACUCACGGACAGCUUAUUUACUCUGCCUACAAACUGUGGGGCAAAUACAUACAAAGAUGCGUAUGUCCUGGAAUUUGACCUCGCAGGCUCGAGGAGAGCAAAUGUACGCCCGCCUAGAAUCAAAUGACUCAGUGAACACGAUCCACGUUACAAUGACUGUGUUACUUUUCUAACUGUGGUCAGUAUUGAGUUUAGCUGUUUUCACAUAAAUGUAUGGUUGUUUUUUUAAAUAUCAUGCUCAGGUAGCUGUGACUUAGCAACUGCCUUAUUACAAAAACAUAUUUUUAGCAAUACUAAGUUUUGAUGCCAUCAUACUGUACAACCCAUACUUCCUUCCCAAAGGUUUGCCUUACUGCACAUCUCAACUAAAGAGCCAAACAAGUGUUACACUUGACAUGACUUAAAAGCUUUAUUAUUGAAAGUAUAAUUUUCCAUUUACAUCAACAAAGAGACGGAGCUACUUAUUUUAUUGUAUACUUUAUGUGCUAUGCAACCACUACUGUGUAUUUAAGAGAAGUAAUCUGCAUAUUUUAGUUAUAUACAUUAAGGGUCUGUUCAAUUAUUUGUUUUUUUAUAGCAUUUUCUAAAGACUAAAGUCUCUUUUGGAUUUUACUAUGACAUAAUACACACUGUGACCACUAUUUUAAAUUAAAGGUAUGAUCAAAACAAACAAAUGGUACCAUUUUGUUUAUUGUCAGAUUGUACAUAGUUCAGAGGACCAAAUUGGCACUUUGUUUAAUUGAAGGCAUCUUAACAUGACAAAAAUAAGAAAAUGGAAGCAGGCACACAAAAGUUAGGAUAUCAGCUAACAUCACUCAGACUAAAAAUAUGAACACACAACUGCACAGAAAUAUAGAAAAAUAAGAAACACAAGGUUAUACGUAUUUGAACGAUAGUUUUACAAACCACCAUACCGUAGCUACUGUUAUGUCCGCAAGCCCUUUUUCGUUUUACUUUACAACAGCUUGAGAUGUACUACCUCAACAAUAUUACCUGUUUGAUUGGGGAGUAAAUCUAGUCAUUACAAGGCACUAUUUUUCAUUCUUUUUUUUUUUAAUUGUCUAAAGGCACUCAAGUGUAAAAAUGUCCAAUUAAUGUCAGAAAUAAAGUCUAUCAAUAUUUUGAAAGGUGA